UGACGUGGGCAAAGGUACUUAAAGCCUUGACGGCCAUCCCUGCCAUCUUCCUCCGGGUACCAACGCUGUUAAGCUGCACACUGCCAGGCAAGGAGAAGAAAAUUCCCUCAGAACUGGCCAGACACCUUGCUGCCCCAACCCUCCCCCUCCCCCUCCCCCUCCCCCACCAUCCCCCUGUCCUUCUAGGGUGCUAGGAAAUGGGUGUGCCAGCUUCUGUGGGAGAGAUGGCGGAUUUGGCGCUGCAUGGGCUUCACAGGCUGGGGGAUCGUGACAGAAUCAGGUACUAAACCGCCAUGCUAACUGCCAGGCUGCUUUCCAGACACCUGCGGCCCACAGAGCCCUUCAUCCUGGUCUUUUCAGGCCUGAAAAAGGAAUUCUGAUGGAAAAAGGCUAACACUGGGGCUCUUAUUCUGGAUGAUGAUAUGUCCACCAGGUUCUUAGCCUGCACCCGCAGUCUAUAUUUCUGCCCUUUCAGCCUGUCCUCCGCAAGAAGCUCUGACUGAAUUAAAGGCAGGGGAAAGACCUCUGAAUUCUUGCAGAAUGCAAAUCAGGGGAGAAACAACUCUCUCUCUACCAAAGGCUCAAAACCACCUGUCAUCUACCUACAGAUCCGUCUACCUGUAGACUCUGCAGCUGUGAGAACGAGCACAGUGGGAAUUGCUCCUGAUCCCGGGAAGUUGGUCCAGCUCAGCUUGCAGCCUCAGAAGAAUUUUCCAACCUGAGCUUGAGAGCCUCGCUUUGACUGGUACAUACAUUCCACUUAGGCAAGCCAGUAGCACAACCUGGAUCAGAGAACUGUUCCAAGUGUAUCAUGAGCCGUGCUCGGGAUGCUGGCUGCGUAGCUGCUGGAAUAGUGAUUGGGGCUAGUGCUUGGUACUGUGUCUACAAAUACACUAGAGGAAGAGACCAGAAGAAGAAGAGACCAGCCAAGCCCAAGAACCGAGCUUCGGUGGGUACUGGAGCCAGAGCUAGAGCUGGGCUAAGAGCUGGAUUCACAAUUGACCUUGGGCCAGGAUUCAAUACCCCAGCCCUGGUGAGUGUUGAGGCAAUGAAUAAGGCCCAAGAAGAAACAGCCGCUCUUGCCAAAGCUGCAGCUGAAGAGAUGAUGCCAGCUGCACCCAGCCCUAAGGUUCAGAAUGGGGCAGAAAGUAAGGUCCAGGAGGCAAUUGGGACUGGGACUGAGCCUACUACAGAAUCAGUAGUCGUGACUUCAGCUGCCAGUGCAGUUACAUCCCCACCCAAGGUGACAGAGGUCCCCACAGCUGCAGGGGCCCCGGAAAUGGUAGUGGCUCCCAAAAUGGCAGAAGCUGCCACCACCACACAGGCUUCUGGAGCAGCAGCACUCCCUGGGCCAGCAAUACUCCCUGGGCAGCAGCAGUACAGCCCUAUGCCAGCAGUACCUUCCCCAUCAAUAGCACCUCCUAUGCCAGCAGCACUUCCGUGGGCUGUAGCACCUCAUGGGGUAGCCCAGGCUCCUGGGCCAGCAGCACCAACCAUGGCAGUCCAAUCUCUUAUGCCAGCAGCACCUUCCUGGGCUGUAGUAGCACCUCCUGGGGCAGUCUACAUUCCUGUGGCAACACACUUUCCUGGGGCAGCAGCAGCAGCUGCUGCUGCUGCCAGGGUAAGCCAAUCUCCUGGGACAGUGGUACCUCCCCUUCCACCCCCGUCUCUUGGGGCAGCAAUGCUUUCCAGGGCAGUCCAGUCUUCUGUGGCAUCAGUGCCUCCCAGAACAGUCCAGUCUCCUGGGGCAACAGUGCAUCCUGGGGCAACAGUGCAUCCUGGGGCAACGGUGCAUCCUGGGGCAACGGUGCAUCCUGGGGCAACAGUGCAUCCUGGGGCAACGGUGCAUCCUGGGGCAACGGUGCAUCCUGGGGCAACGGUGCAUCCUGGGGCAACGGUGCAUCCAGGGGCAACAGUGCAUCCUGGGGCAACGGUGCAUCCAGGGGCAACAGUGCAUCCUGGGGCAGCCCAAUCUCCUGGGGUGGUAGUGCCUCCCAGAGCAGUCCAGUUUUCUGGGGCAGCAGUGCCUCCCAGGACAGGAGCCCCUUCUGGGACAACAGUGCCUCCCAGGGGGGCAACAACUCCCAAUGCAGCAGCAUUUGCUAGGGCACCAGCGUCUACCCAGAGGGCAACAACCACAGAAGCCAUGCAGGUCCCUAGGGUGGCAGCACCUACCGAAGCCACACAGACUCCUAGAAUAGCAACACCUGCCACGGUGGCUGAAGCCUCUCUGCCAAUGCUUUCUGGGGCUGCAGAGACUCCUGGGACUUCAGGGUCCUCUAAGACAGCAGCCGCUGGCAAAAAAGCAAGCCCUGGAGCUCACACUGGGGCCAUACCUAAGGCUGGAUCAGCCAGUGGCGCUGUGCCCAAAGGUGGAGGCAAGGGUGGAAACAGGAACCGGAAUGGAGGCAAGGGCAAAAAUAGGAAAAACAAGGUUGAAGUAGAUGAGUUGGGGAUGGGCUUUCGCCCUGGUGAUGGGGCUGCAGCAGCUGCUGCAGCUUCUGCUAAUGGGGGACAGGCUUUCCUAGCAGAGAUUCCUGAAUCUGAGGAGGGGGAAUCUGGGUGGACUGAUACAGAGUCAGAUUCAGACUCUGAACCUGAGGUUCAGCAGAGAGGGAAGGGCAAGAGAACCAUUCCCAUGCAUAAGCGACCCUUUCCAUAUGAAAUUGAUGAGAUUCUGGGUGUCCGAGAUCUCAGGAAAGUCCUAGCCUUGCUUCAGAAAUCAGAUGAUCCCUUUAUCCAGCAGGUAGCCCUGCUCACCCUGAGCAACAAUGCCAAUUAUUCAUGUAAUCAGGAAACAAUUCGAAAGUUGGGAGGCCUCCCGAUUAUUGCUAACAUGAUCAACAAAACUGACCCCCACAUUAAGGAAAAAGCCUUAAUGGCCAUGAAUAACCUGAGUGAAAAUUAUGAAAACCAGGGCCGACUGCAGGUGUACAUGAAUAAAGUGAUGGAUGACAUCAUGGCUUCUAACCUGAACUCAGCAGUACAGGUAGUUGGGCUAAAAUUUUUAACAAACAUGACUAUUACUAAUGACUACCAGCACCUGCUUGUCAAUUCCAUUGCAAACUUUUUCCGCUUGUUAGCUCAAGGGGGUGGAAAAAUUAAGGUUGAAAUUUUGAAAAUACUUUCAAAUUUUGCUGAAAAUCCAGACAUGCUCAAGAAACUUCUCGGUACCCAAGUGCCAUCAUCAUUUAGUUCCCUUUAUAAUUCUUAUGUGGAAUCAGAAAUUCUUAUUAAUGCUCUUACUCUAUUUGAGAUUAUCUUUGACAACCUCAGAGCAGAAGUGUUCAACUACAGAGAAUUCAACAAGGGUUCCCUGUUUUACUUAUGUACUACAUCUGGGGUGUGUGUUAAGAAAAUCCGAGCCUUGGCAAAUCACCAUGACCUCUUGGUGAAAGUGAAAGUUAUCAAACUGGUAAACAAAUUCUGAUUGCUCUGUG